AUGCGCCGCUGGGCGUCAAGCAAGCUCACGCACUUCAAGAGUUUGAUGUCGAGCGUCCCUUGUCAGCAGGCACUGUCCGCGAAAGCCACUGAAACCGCGAUGGCACGCUUCUACGGCCUUCCCAAGGUACACAAGCCAGGAGUGCCCCUCCGCCCAAUCGUUUCUUUACGUGGCACACCAACUUUUGGCCUAACAAAGUGGCUGUACCAACGACUUUGUUCCCUCUUCAAAGACUCAGAGUGGACAGUGAAGUCAGCUGAAAAGUUUUUGGCUCGCAUCCGACAUCGCAGAGUGGAGACAGAGGAGGUGAUAGUGUCCUUGGACGUGGUCUCACUGUUCACUUCUAUCCCGCCCGACCUGACCAUCGACACUCUCGACGGACUUCUCCGAAAAAAAUACGACGAGACCGACCAACGGCUUAAACGAGUGCACAUCAUCGAGCUCCUAGAAAUGUGUCUUAAGACUUUCUUCACAUUUAACGGCCAAGUGUACGAGCCGAAAAAGGGAACGCUAAUGAGUUCACCUCUGUCUGGCCUAAUUUCCGAAGCGGUUUUGCAGAGGCUGGAGCGUCUGGUAUUCAGCUCGUACCCUCCGAAGUUCUGGGCCAGAUAUGUCGACGACACAUUCGUCAUAAUAAAGAGGAACGACGUGCAAAAUUUCAUGGCACUUUUGAAUUCGAUAUUUCCCGGCAUACAGUUCACCAUGGAAGAAGAUGCCGACAAUCGCUUGCCCUUCCUAGACGUAAAAGUUACAAAACUGGCAGACGGGAAUAUAAAGACGACGGUCUAUCGUAAGGCGGCUAACACUAGGCGCAUUCUCCACUUCAGAAGCAACCACCCCGUCGGUCACAAACGCAGUUGUGUCAGAACCCUUUUCCAACGCGCCCAAACACACUGCAGCGACGAAGAUGACAGGAAGAAGGAGGUGAAGUACUUACGUGCUCUAUUUGAAGCCAACGGUUACCCGAAGUCGUUCAUAUGCAAGUGUCUCAGGAAGUCUCACUCGGGGCGGUCGAACGAGGAGAAACCAAAGCUCUGGCUCUCGAUCCCCUAUGUGAAGAACGUUUCAGAGGCAACUUCAAGAAUUCUGAAACCCUUUGGAAUUAUUGUGGCCCAUAAACCAGCAUCAACAAUCAGACAGCAAAUCAUGAGGCCCAAAGACCCGCUCCCGGUGACAGAACAAUCAGCGGUGGUCUACAGCCUACCAUGCUAA